AGCUCUACCCAGUCGCACUACCUCUUUGGCUACGGCUCGCUCAUCAAUCCGUUCUCGCGCUCCCGCACCGUCCAGUCCGAUACCUCCGACUCGAUUCCCGUGCUCGUCUCGGGCUACCAACGCUCCUGGAACUACAACUGCCGCUCCAGCUACACCGCCGUGGGCGUCAAGCGCACCAGCCUCGCCGAGCCUCCAAUCAACGGCGUCCUGAUUCCAAUUGCCGAUCCUUCGACCGACUUCCCGCGGCUGGACGAGCGCGAAAAGUGCUACGUCCGUAAAACCAUCGACCUGUCGCAGAUCCGGGUCAUGGAUGCCACCGACUCGAUCGUGCCCUUUGACCGCUUCAUCCAGACCGACAAGGUCGUCAUCUGGGUCUACGAGAUUCCCACCGCCGACUCGCUGCACGCCGGCUGCUCCCAAGCCGCCCCCACGGACUGCCACCGGCCCUCGCUCGACAUUCCCAUCCCCCAGUCCUACGUCGACUGCAUCCUCUCUGGCUGCCUGUCAAUCUCGCUCGGAUUCGCAAAGUACUUUAUCGAAUCGACCGGCGGCUGGGACGGCCAGGCCUGGCUCAACGACCGCGACGCCCACCCGGCUCUGAUGAAGUAUCGCCCGCACGUCGAGGGCGGCGAGGUUCACGCCGACCCGCAGGUCCUCGACAGCUUGCUCGAGCAGCACCUCCCGACCCACAUCCCGCAGCGGGUC